AGGCUGUCAAUCCUUUUAAAGCAACUCGUCUUCCUGUACCUUGAUCUGCACUCUCUCUCCCUUCUCUUUUCAAGCCCUAAGCCGCCAUCACCAGCAUCGAAACCCAUCAGCUCUAAGCGGCCAUGGAAUCUAUAAAGAGUGUUUGUCAGCGCCAUCAGACACUAAUCUUCUCUAUCCACUAUGUCGCAAGUCUCCAUAUGCUUUCCAUCAGCGCCAUUCGACGAAAAGAACUAGGGCUUUGAACCACUUCUCAAUAAAUUGUUCAGAGAGAUCCAACAGCUCCUCUCACGCAAAACACCUUCGAUUGAAGGUUAUGUGACUCCUUACAUCAGCGCCAUUCGAUUGAAGCUAUUUUAGCAAACUCCGAUCGCCUUCAAUCCAAACUCCAAUCAAAAAUAGCAUCUCGCAUGUCUUCUCAGCUCUCCACUCCUCCAUUUCGCUGGGGAACCUGGUUGUAUUACAGGAGAGUAGAGGAAGGGAAACAAUAUCCAUUACUCUGUAGGAGAUUAGCUAGCCUAAACGAAGAGUUCAUUUCACAUAAAAGUCCAACAGGUGGGUUCGAUUUCAUCUCCAGGAAGAGGAUUGAACAAAAACUCAUCGAUUAUAAUCAAGAAGCAGAAAGAUUUGGGGUUAUGCAUAUGAAGAGAGAUUUGAAUUUAGGUUCUCUUGUAGUAAGCCACAAGCUGAUUGGGUCUGUAAUGUGGCAUGGGCUAAAGGGGGUCAAGGCAUAUCUGUAUCAUGAGUCCCAAGCUGCUUGUUUCAAGAAAGCGAGAGAUGAUCUAUACAAGGUUAAAGCAUGGGUUUUCUCUCCACAAGUCAAAGUUAUUAGGUCUGACAUUCGUGAGGAAGAUGUGUUGAAGGAGAAAGAUGCUUUUGAGGAUCUUAAGAAGCUGGCAGCCAAGUCACUGACUGAGACAGUUAAUCAGUUGAUUGACACUGUUAAUCAGGUGAAGGAGGAUGAAAAUGCCGAACAGGCGACCCGACCAUCAAGAGUCACUGAUGCGGGACAAAAUCGGUCUGGUGCACCUCUUAAAGCUGCAGACAAUGUUAUUAUCUCACAGCAUCAGCAUGCAGCAGCCUCUCAAAUUCAGGCAAGAGAAACCGAUAUACAUGCACUCUCAUUGAGUAAAAACGAGACAGGUGUCCCCAUGAAUGUAUCCGAAAGCUUCAAAAAGGAAUAUGCAAUGGUACUAUUACAGCUCAAAGAAGCUAGUGAUCAGGUUGCUUCUGCUCUUGCAAAUUUGAGGCGACGCAACACAUACCCAGAGAAAAGAGGGAUUUUGAGGACGAAUAAUCGACUUCCUCUGCAUUGUCCUUCCUAUUACUUUGGUUUGUACAGUAAAAAGAAAAAAACUGUGAAGAAAGAUACUUCUUCUGAUGACAGUUCUGAUAUGCGAGUAAAAAAACACCGUGGAUCAACUGUCAGGGAGAAAUUGAGUAGGGAUUGUCACCUACAUUCUGAAGGAGAAGGAGAAGCAAAAAGAGCUUCAAUUACUUACUGCAUAACCUACAUUCUAAAUUGCAUCACCAAGCAUUCACCUCAGUACAUAAUUCUAAUGGUGGGGCGUAUAUUGAGAGGGAUUGCCACCUCUCUCCUCUUUUCAGCCUUCGAAUCAUGGCUUGUUGCUGAACACAACAAGAUGAAAAGAUAG